CGCGCAUCGGAUGUACCUCGAUACGUGUGCAAAUUCAGGUUGGAAGUUGGAAGAUAUUUUUGACCUCAAGCGUACAUCGAUAAUGUCAAUAAUCAUGGUCGAGCGUUAAUUUUAUGCGGACGCGCGUACGAUACGAUGUCGCAGUAAAGGGCACGGUCACGCAAAUUUUCGGUACGGGAUCUCGUUGGUCGGCGAACGUGCGUACAUCAUACAUGCGUAGGGUGCGUACAUGCGUGCGGUUGUACGAGUCUCGCCUUUCUCUCUCGUACGUGCUCGUACACGUCGUCUUGGCGCGGGGCGGGAACGUGAGGGAGGGCGGGCAUUAGGUUAUGAAAAAGUCGUGCAAAUACUGGACGGGCGUGGGUAACAUAUCGACGGUGUGUCUGUCGAACGCGAAGCGCGAUCGCGCGACGAGUCUCGGGGACGACAGUCUACCGAGCUUUUACAUGAAGGAGCAGGAUAUACCCGAGUACCUAGAGGGCUGCGGGCUGACCACCUGCACGGCCGGUGGCGACAUGCCCGAAGACAUGGAGGUGCUACGCGACAAUAAGGAGCACGCGAGUAAUAAGGAGAAGAAGCUGUCAACCACAUCCAUCAGCGGCGGUGGCGGCCAAGCCGACACCAAGAAGACCGUCAUGGUCAAGCAUCCGGAGUCGAAUAAACCAAAACCUACGACAAAGAAGAGUAAACCGAUCCAGGCGGAAUUGGAUGUGUCCAAGGAGUUUGUCCGUUGCCGGGACGAAUGUGUGAAGCGAUUGGAUCUCAGCAAGGCCAGCAUCACGAAUCUACCCAGUUCCGUGAGGGAGUUGACGCAUCUGAGGGAGUUCUACAUCUACGGCAACAAACUGGCAACUCUGCCGCCUGAGAUCGGUUGCCUGACAAAUCUCGAGACUCUAGCGCUGAGCGAAAACUCGCUCACCAGCCUGCCCAACACUCUUGAGAAUCUCAAAUCGCUGCGGGUCCUGGAUCUCAGGCACAACAAGCUGAACGAGAUACCGGACGUGGUGUAUAAACUCACGUCGCUUACCACGUUGUUCCUGCGCUUUAAUCGAGUUAAAUAUGUCAGCGAUAAUAUACGGUAUCUGACAAAUCUUACCAUGUUGAGCUUGCGAGAGAACAAAAUCAAGGAACUGCCCGCAGGUGUGGGUGAACUUGUCAAUCUCAUUACGUUUGACGUUUCGCAUAAUCAUCUGGAGCACCUGCCUCAGGAGAUUGGCAAGUGUGUGCAGUUAUCCACGUUAGAUCUACAGCACAACGAGCUCCUGGACAUACCGGACACGAUCGGCAAUCUAGUGUCGCUGACGAGAUUGGGUCUUCGAUACAAUAGAUUGUCGAGUAUUCCAAAGUCAUUGGCGAACUGCAAGAUGAUGGACGAAUUCAGCGUGGAGGGCAAUCAGGUGUCACAGCUGCCGGAUGGUCUGCUGUCCAGCCUGUCGGAUUUGACGACCAUCACGUUGUCCAGGAACAACUUUACCGCGUUUCCGUCAGGCGGACCGUCCCAAUUCACAAAUGUCUAUUCUAUUAAUCUGGAACAUAAUCAGAUCGACAAGAUACCCUACGGUAUCUUCUCGCGAGCCAAGAACCUCACGAAGCUAAAUAUGAAGGAGAAUCAGCUGACCGCUUUACCAUUAGACAUUGGCACAUGGGUGAACAUGGUCGAGCUAAACCUCGGUACGAAUCAGUUAAUGAAGAUCCCGGACGACAUACAGUACCUGAAGAGUCUGGAGAUACUGAUACUCUCCAAUAAUUUGCUGAAGCGUAUUCCGGCCACUAUAGCGAAUCUACGUAAGUUGCGGGUGCUGGAUCUGGAGGAGAACCGGAUCGACUCGUUGCCAAACGAGAUCGGUUUCCUGCGCGAACUGCAGAAGUUGAUCCUGCAGUCGAAUCAAAUCGUCCUGCUGCCGCGUGCGAUCGGCCACCUGACGAAUCUCACGUAUCUUAGCGUGGGGGAAAACAAUCUAAAUUAUCUACCGGAGGAGAUUGGCACCUUGGAAAAUCUGGAGUCGCUUUACAUCAACGACAACGCGAAUCUGCACAAUCUACCGUUUGAGCUGGCAUUGUGCACGAAUCUCAGUAUUAUGUCAAUUGAGAAUUGUCCAUUGUCGCAGAUACCGGCAGAGAUAGUGGCCGGUGGACCGUCGCUAGUGAUCCAGUUUCUUAAGAUGCAGGGACCUUAUCGGUCCAUGUAACAGAUUAAUUAAAGUCGCGUGUUUUCACGCGCUGCUGAGUCACGCGUUGAUGUCGAUUCUUAAUCAUCAAAGAGAAAGAAGCAAUAUGCCAUGAAAAAAUCAUUUGAAGGAGGGAAAGAUAUAUUUAUAAUAUGGAUAUCUUCGACUUAAAUUCUCACUCUAAUGUUCUCACUUUAGGGAGAAACAUAUAAACAUUACUGAGAUACACUGUAUAAAAUUAGAUUGCUUUGUUUCUUCAGUGUCAAAAAGAUAUUUCUUUUCAAGUGCAAAAAACGAAUUAAGUGUAAUGUAAAAUUGGUGCUGAAUAGAAUAUUUUUCUUGCAAAUAUAGGGGAGAGAAAUAUAUAUAUAUAUAGAAUAAUCUUUUUGUGCAAUUCUAACGAGAUACUUUAAAUAUCACAUAACUUUAUUAAUAUAAAUUCAAAAAGAUGAUAUGAACUGUAUAUAUCAUUUUCUUUGUUUAUCAUGUUAUAUUUAUGUGUUUUAUGGAAAGAUAUAAUUUGAUGCUGUAUGUGUGAUAUGUAUAUUUCAAUUAAUAGUUUCUAAAGAAAUUAUAUAUGCGCUAUUCACAAUGUUUUUACAACACAAUAAGUUGUUUAUUUUUUUUAUAUGCAUGAAAUAUGAGAAUUCUAAAUUAUAUCAAUUUGUUAAGUUUGUACUAAAAACAUGAUGCUGCAAUUGUUUCAUUUUUUUAUAAAUUCAAUCUUUGAAAAAUAUAUGCAAACUCCCAUUUUUUAAAUAUUGCUUAUAAUUAAAACAAUUGUAAAUAUAUUAAAUCUUAUGUUGAUUAUGAUAGAAAAAAAGCAUUUUAUAAAACAUAACGAUAUAAUUAUUGUAAGAAUUAUUUAAAUAUAUAUUGCAAUUACUUUUUAAAGCUUAAUAAAAUCUAGCUCAAUAAAGUCUGCAUUUUACUUGUUGGCAAAAAUCGUCAAUUAAAUGUAGCUUACGAAUUUUUUAAAAUUGUAAUUAUAACAAUUAUAUAUAUACAAAAUUGUAUAUAUAUAAGAAAAUUGUGCAACAGCGUAUCAUAAUGUGAAAGAAUACAAUAUAAACGUCCUAUCUACUACAUAAGUACAAACAAGUGAGACAAGAUCUUCAAUUUAGAAAUGAUAAAAGAAGAUGUAUUAAGAAUCAACAUCAACGAUGACAUUGUUUGUUGUACUAAAAGGUUGAAACGUACUUCGUAUAUAUUGUAAGCGAGAAAAAGAGAUAUUUUAUUAAAAUAUUAAAUUGAAAAAUUGUGAAUAUACGUGCACACAAAACGAACGUCGGUACACAUAAGUUUCCAUACAUACAUUCUGAUGUUAUAUACGCGUAUAUUUUUUCUCAUUUUUUCGUCGAUGUGUAUGUUACCUUAUGAGGUACAAAAUACACUAAGAUCCUUCUACGGAAAGCUACACUCUUCUGAAACAUAAAAAAUUCUAGCUAUAUUUAUCUAAUUCAACAGUUCAUACCGAAGGGCGAAAAUGUUAGCGAUUUUUAUUUAUGCCGCGUACUUUUUAUCGUAUUUAUAAUAAAUUUAAGCAGAGAAAUGAAGAAUACACUCUAAUACGCCUGUGAAAGUAAGAAUUAUAUAAAGAAGGAGAAAAAUAAUCUUUAUACAUAUGAAGCAACAGAAUGUGUACAAUAUCACAUCAAAGUUUUUAGAUUUACUUUUAUUAUAUAAUUUGCAAUAAUUAGCGACGAUUAUAUAUUUUAUCGAGAUUCACGAUGAUGGAGCAAUUAUAAGGUGAACUCCAUGUGCAAUUAUUAUAUGUAAAAUAGCACAAAAUUUUACAGUAUAAUCAGCAUCUUUGUUCAAAUAAACAUAGAUGAAUAUAUGAAAAGAGAAAAUCACUCGUGUAGAAUGUAUAUUUGAGACUGUACGUUACAGUUUAAGGAAAUUUACGAAACAGCAAAGUAAACGAAGAGAAAUAGUGACAAUGAAGAUAUUUUGUAAUUGUACAAAAGAAAAA